AUGGCGUCGUCCGACCUUGAGGCUGCCACUGCGCUUAAGGUGCAGGGCAAUAAAGCGUUCGGUCAGCAUGACUGGCCUACUGCCGUGGAUUUCUACACCCAGGCCAUAGAGAAAUAUGAUCGCGAGCCUUCGUUCUUUAGCAAUCGUGCUCAGGCGCAUAUCAAACUCGAAGCUUAUGGCUUUGCGAUCGCCGAUGCUACUAAGGCGCUUGAGCUCGACGCCGGCUACACCAAGGCAUACUGGAGGCGAGCCCUAGCCAACACCGCCAUCCUUAACUACAAAGAUGCCCUACGAGACUUCAAGGUCGUCGCGAAGAGGGAGCCCAAUAACCGCGAUGCGAAGGUAAAACUGGCAGACUGUGAGAAGCUUGUGCGUCGGAUGGAGUUUGAGAAGGCCAUUGAGGUGGGUGACCCGCCGUCGGCCUUCGAGGACCUGGACAUCGACUCCAUUGCGGUCGACGACGGCUAUGAUGGUGUGCGAUUGGAGAAUGAAAUGACGCAAGAGUUCAUCGACGAUAUGAUCGAGCGGUUCAAGAACGGCAAGAAAAUCCAUCGCAAGUAUGCCUUCCAGAUCGUCAAGGCUGUCAAGGAUCUCGUGUAUGCGGAACCAACGAUGGUCGAGAUUGGCGUGGACCAGGGUAAGAAGUUGACGGUUUGCGGUGAUACGCAUGGGCAAUUCUUCGAUCUCCUGGAGAUCUUCCGGUUGAACGGAUACCCGACCGAAAAGCACGCAUACCUUUUCAACGGUGACUUUGUCGAUCGUGGCUCUUGGUCGACUGAGAUCGCCUUGCUCCUCUAUGCGUACAAGUGGCUGCGACCAAAUGGUAUCUUCCUCAACCGUGGAAACCACGAGACGGACGACAUGAACAAGGUUUAUGGAUUUGAGGGCGAGUGCAAGGCCAAGUACAACGAGAGGAUGUUCAAGGUGUUCUCGGAGUCUUUCUCUGCUCUGCCCCUCGCCACAUUGAUCGGCAGCAAGUAUCUUGUUCUCCACGGAGGUCUCUUUUCUGACGACAAUACAUCCUUGGAUGACAUCCGGAAGCUGGACCGCCACAACCAGCGCCAGCCCGGACAGCAAGGCCUGAUGAUGGAAAUGCUCUGGACCGAUCCCCAGACGGAGCCUGGUCGCGGCCCGAGCAAGCGAGGUGUUGGUCUCCAGUUUGGUCCGGAUGUUACCAAGAGGUUCUGUGAGAAGAAUGGACUGGAAGCCAUCAUUCGCUCCCACGAAGUCCGUAUGGAGGGUUACGAAGUCGAGCAUGACGGACGGUGCAUCACCGUCUUCUCCGCUCCCAAGUACUGCGACACCACGGAGAACAAGGGAGCCUUCAUCAAUGUUGGACCGGAGCUUAAGCUGGACUUCCAAGUUUUUGAAGCUGUGCCUCACCCUGAUAUCAAGCCUAUGACUGGUGCCAUUGACGACCUCCACCGCACUGUUGGUGAUGUAACCGAUGAAGAGAAGCGCAAGGAGGGAAAGAGUAUCAUCGAGAAGCUUGCAGCGCUCAAAUAUGAAUUGCAACAUAACAGACAAUUGACCCCCCUCCCGGACGACGGCCAGCCGGAUGUCGAAGAAUAUAAUAAGGAGUUGGAGCAACGAGGAAACCCGAGAUGGCAUGACGUUGCAUGGCUGUUCUCUGAAUGCUACCUCUACAGGCGCAUCAGUGCCUACUUCGCCUUGUCCACACACUGGAAAGGAUACGACGUAUUUGCCCGCCAGAAGAUGUCUACUUUCAAAUCUUCCCGUCCGGCAGUCCUGGAGUUAGCCGCGAGAUACAAGGAAAUCGCCCAGGAGGCGGAGAAGGGCCAUGAUGGAAAGACCCCGGAGCAGGUCGAACAGGCUGAGCGCAUACUCUUUUCCGAGAUGUGUGAGAUCUGCCUGUGGGGUAAUGCCACCGAUCUGUCCCUUUUGACCUCUCUUACCUACGAGGAUAUCCAGAAACUGCAGGGCUCGCAGGCGCGCAAAGCGGCAGAGGAGAACAUCCUUGUCAACGAUUUGGACGCCGCCUUUGAGGUGCUCAACAAGGCCCGCAAGGAGAAGAAGACCGGGGAGCGUCGCGUAGACAUUGUUCUCGAUAACUCCGGUUUCGAACUGUUCGUUGACCUUAUCCUUGCCGGAUACCUUCUCUCUGCUGGCCUGGCUACGACAGUUGUACUGCACCCUAAGCUGAUCCCCUGGUUCGUAUCGGAUGUUACGCCUCCGGACUUCAGGGAUCUCAUCACCGCGCUCGCCGACCCGCAGUCAUUCUACACUGCGGCCGAUGAGUCAGGCAGAGAACACACCCCCCUCUCCGAGACGGAGCUGUCAGAGGUGAACUUCCUCUUCGAACAAUGGUCCCGGCUCCACGCAGAGGGCAAGCUGGUCAUCCGCCCACACGCCUUCUGGACCGCCCCGGGAGGCUACUGGCGCAUGCCGAACACAGCAAAGGAUCUCUUCGAGGACCUGCAACAGAGCGAGCUCGUCCUUUUCAAGGGUGACCUCAACUACCGCAAGCUAACCAGUGAUGCUGCUUGGGACCCCACAACCCCCUUCACGACCGCCAUCGGUCCAAUGGGCCCCAAGUCCGGCGUCCGUGUUCUCGCCUUCCGGACCUGCAAAGCUGAUGUCGUUGUCGGACUGCCAGCAGGCGAAGACGAGAGACUCCGCCAGCUGCCUAACGGCGGGGGCUCCGAGGCCCGGAAAUGGGCUUGGAGUGGAAAGUGGGCUGUUGUGUCCUUCUCUGACGGGAAGGCUUAA